AUGUCUUAUAAAUGUGAAUAUUGUGAUCAUUAUUUUUCGACUCGAAAUGCAUACUCUCAACAUGUUAAUAGAUGCAUUAAUUAUAUCGAAUCAAGUACAGAAGAAUCUAUUAAUGAUAUUUUAGAUAUGACCUCGAGUACAAAUGAAAUGUCAUUAGAUAGUAUAGAAGAAUUUCAAAAUAUUCAAGAAGAAAACUUAUCACCAUUAUCUGAAAGUUUUUACCAUUAUGAAAAUUAUGAAAGUGAUUCAAAUUAUGUUGGUGAUAUUUCUUUUGAUGGGAUAACCUGA